AUGACUCGUCCCAAAGCACACAUUAAAGCUAAGAUAGACGCUAUUGUGCGAAGCAGCAAUGGACGUCUUGCAAAGCGUUCUACUAAUGAAGCAGUCAUCGAGAAAGACUGGGAAUUGUUGGGUCUGUCUGUCGAAUGGAUGCAGCAAGUUAUUGAAACAACUCGGGCGCAGAUUCAAGAAAAUUCGCAACAGGCCCGAGCUGUGAAUAAUGUGUUACCUCCGAAAGACAAGAAGAAAAGAGAUCCGGGUAAACUCACGAGCUUCGGAUUGACGAUCAACAACGAGCUGCCCUCAUCAUCUGCCAAUGAGACGAUUCAGCUGUCCCACACCAAACAGGAGCACCUGAAAAUCGAAGAGGCGAUCGACGACAAGUUAUACCUUCCGUUUCUUGGAGUAACCGGGUCCAUCAGCUUGACAACAAUUGGCCGAUAUCUCCAUGACUGGGUGAGGGGUUGUUGGCAAUAUCGCAAGAACAGCAAAGACAUUCAAUUCGACGGCAUGAACGCGGAGACGUUGUCGAUACAGCAGUGGAUGGGCAAAACGUAUGGUCGCCCACGCGUAGACCUUUACGCCAUCGAAGAAGCGGAUGAUGUCCUUGGAGCGAAGUUAUCAAAUGGUACUCAAAAGCUUGUUCUUGUCACUCAUGAUGAGAGCACCUUCUACGCCAAUGACGGGAAGGCUGACAUAUGGCGCGCCUCAGGCGAGAACAUCAUUAGGAAGGAAAGUCCCGGAAUGUCUAUCAAGGUCAACGAGUUCCCAACGCAUCAUUGA